AUGGCCCGCAGAGACCUUCGUGCGGUUCUCCAGACCCUUUCCGACCAGUCCCUCAAGACGUCGCGCCGUCUAGACGACACCUACUAUUCCAUCCUCGAGAAGGUCUCCGUACUGCGCCAGACCAUCGGAACACUGCAAGAGCUCUCGGGCUUGACCAAGGAGCUUCACGAAAACUUCGAGUCGGACACCACAGAGUUGCUGGAGGAUGUGACUGGCCAAGUGGAAGCCUUCGAUGGCUUCAAGACACAACAGGAGCAAGUGAGCGGGUUGGAAGAGCGCAUCAAGGCGGGCAAAGAGAAAGCCGAUGCACUGACGGCGAGGCUCGAACGAGCGAAAGAGCGUGUCGAUGCGAGGGCCAAGUCGGAAGCGCAGUGGCAGGCGAAGAACACCCAUCGCGUGCGCAUAUUCUGGGCUAUAGUGGGCUUUGUAGCUGCACUCAUACUAGCUCUCGUUUUCUUCCGCCCGUCGCAACCGAUCGACAACCUACACGAACCGAAAAAUACACUCGAUCCUGCGACCAGAGAGGCAAUACUGAAUGCCGACAUUCCAGACAUAGCAAAAGAGGCAAUUAUAGGGCCGUCAUCUAGUACUGCAAGUCCAAAAAUGGAGACCCCCGAAGCGCAGACUGUACUAGAUGACGAUGAGCGACUGCGCGCAUUCGACGAGUUGUAA